AUGGGGAAUACACGUGCAAAAGAUAGGGAGGAUUAUUUUGAUCUUGACCUGAGAAAGCCUGGAAUUUGCAAGCCCUACAAAAGGAAUGAGUUUGAAACGACAUCAGAGGAAGUUUUACGUAAAGCUGAUUUCAGGGUGUGGAUUUUUAUGUUAAUCAUAAAUCUUAUUUCUGUUGAGAAUUUUGUUAAAUUGAUCGAUGAACACUUGAAUGGUUUCUUGUUCUUUAUGCUAGAAAGGCAAUUCAGAUUUCUUGCCAACUUCAUCACGGAGGCUGGCAUUAUCAUUAAGCGGAGCAAGACUGGAAUCAGUGCUAAGGCCCAGAGGAAGAUUACUCGUGAGAUCAAGACUGCUCGUGCAUUUGGUCUAAUGCCUUUCACCACAAUGGGAACGAAACAGUUCGUAUAUGGCAAAACAAUGGAAGAUCUUGAUGAAGAUCAUUCAUACGAGACUUAUGAUCGCAAUUUUGAAGAGGAUGAAGUAGAGAUUUGA